GCCAACCAAUGAAAUCCUUUCUCUUCACUGUAAAAGGGAAGUAAACAGUGACCGAGAACAACUUUCACGUUAGUGUUUUUAUUUAGACAUUUAUUAAUAUAACGGAACUACAGAUAUGACUAAUUGAACUCCUAAGCAUCAGAUACGUUCCAAGUAGUCUUUAGUUCGCGUUGGAGACAGGACUUGGUUGAUAGACGUUAUCUAGCUGACGCUAGUUAGCUGCUAACAAUGGCUAACUGUAUGGUUUUUCACACUCAAAUAGCCUCCAUCAUGGAGGUGCUAGCGAAUGCAGCCGUGUCAGAGAUCUGUAAACUCGUAGACGACGACGACUAUGCAGUGUUUCGUUUGGAAAUUUCUCAAAGUCAGAAAGAAAACAGGACAUUGCGGAGGAAACUACAGCUACUGGAACUGAAGGUGGCACGGGAGCGCGCCCUCACCAGUCGUCCCAGUAGUGUAAAGGUCCUCGACCGAUACAGAGAAAUGGCAAGAGGUGAAGGACAUCUCACUGGAGGCCACAGGAGCUUUGUGAAGCCAGCGGGACACAAUACAUGGAGAGAUGACCAACCAAUCAAUGUUGAUGAGGGGAGUGGAACCUCAACCCAGAACAUUAUCAUGAUAGAGCCUGCAGAUGCAGAGGCUGCAGAUCCUGGGGUCAAGCAGGAGAGGUCUGAAGGAGAGGAGGACCCACGGCACAGCAGAGACAACCCGACUGGUGCGGCAGUUGAUCCCACCGUAGCCACAGAGGACCUCGCCCCAGCGCCGCUCAGUUCCCAAAGCAGCAUUACGGAGGUCAGUGGAAUGCCGAACACCGUCCUCAAGUCAGAGACCGACACAGAGACUUUAACUGUAACACACAGGCUCUUACACACAGAAUCUGACCACAGAUCUGACCCAGAGAGACAGGGCCUGGGGAGACUGGGCUGUCCUCCUGCCCCUGGCUCAGAGUAUUUACCGCUAUUUCAUCAGAGCCACAGGAUGGUUCAUAACCGUGGGGAUGGCUAUGGUGAUGAGUUAAACAUUGGUGGUGAUGAUCCCUCUUGUUCUUAUGCUACAGAGAUGGACUCUGGCAACAUGCCCUUGGGUUUAGAGAUACAGACUGAUCUGUCUAGAGGGGACUGGAACCGGUACAGUAGUAGUGUACACUCUGAAGGCUGCCUAGAUAAGAAAGAAGAGGUUAUAGUCGUAGAUGAAGUGACUGUGAAAGUGGAGGGUGACGUUCCUCCCACAUGGAAUGCAGAAAGUCACCUCGUAGAGGGACACUCACAGGGCAGAGAUUUCUUAGAUUACAGGGGAAGCUUAGAGACAAAUCUAAAUAUCGCCACCCCCUCCUCUUUACAUGCGUUCAGGGAUCUAGACCCAGUGUCCGCGUCGAUGGGGCCUUCCGAUUCACAUGGAAGCGUCCGUUUCGAUCAGGUAUUUAACUCAAACGACAGGGCUAAAGCCCUGGCUCCGGGAGGGGGAGCCACAUCAGGCAAUGUUAAAGAGAAACGGUUCCUCUGCAUGUUCUGUAACAAAGGCUUCAGCUGCCCCCAGAAGGUGGAGAUCCACCAGAGGGUCCACACAGGGGUGAAAUGCUUCAGUUGUACCCAGUGUCAGAUGCGCUUUGUCCAGGCUGGUGACCUGAAGAGGCACCAGAGAGUCCACACAGGGGAGAAACCCUACAGCUGCCCACAGUGUGAGAAGAGGUUCUCCCGCCAGGACCACCUGAAGAUGCACAUGAAGGUCCACACAGGAGAGAGGCCGUUCGCCUGUACGCACUGCGGGAAGAGGUUCUCAGAAAGGAGAUGCCUCAGGAUACACCAGCAGAAAAACCAUUCCACUCUAUAACAUAGAAAGGAACCAUUCCACUCGAUAGCUUCUCACAUUUAGAUGAAACCCUGCAUUAAAGACAAAGAUUACUUUUCAUUGUUGUCAGCAGAAUGGAUCCACAGAUGAAUUUGGAAUAACGAGAAAAACAGAUUUCAGUGUUGAAUAUUCCUGGAUAGAAUAUGCAUCCAGACAUUGUGUGAUAUACACUACCGCUCAAAAGUUUGGGGUCACUUAGAAAUGUCCUUGUUUUUGAAAGAAAAGCUAAACAAAUUGUCCAUUAAAAUAACAUCAAAUUGAGCAGAAAUACAGUGUCGACAUUGUUAAUGUUGGAAAUGACUAUUGUAGCUGGAAACGGUUGAUAAAAUAAAAAAAUGGAAUAUCUACAUAGGCAUACAAAGGCCCAUUAUCAGCAACCAUCACUCCUGUCAUUCUUAGACUAGUUAAAUAUCUGGAGCAUCAGCGUUUGUGGUUUCGAUUACAGCCUCAAAAUGGCCUGAAACAAAGGAUUUUCUUCUGAAACUCUUCAGUGUAUUCUUAUGAGAAAUUAAGGCUAUUCCAUGCAAGAAAUUGCCAAGAAACUGAAGAUCUCGUACAACGCUGAAAGAGACGCCUCACAAGUCCUCAACUGGCAGCUUCAUUAAAUAGUACCCACAAAACACCAGUCUCAACGUCAACAGUGAAGAGGUGACUCUGGGAUGUUGGCCUUCUAGGCAGAGUUCCUCUGUCCAGUGUCUGUUCUUUUGCCCAUCUUAAUCUUUUAUUUUUAUUGGCCUGUCUGAGAUAUGGCUUUUUCUUUGCAACUCUGCCUAGAAGGCCAGCAUCCAGGAGUUGCCUCUUCACUGUUGAUGUUGAGACUGGUGUUUUGCAGGUACUAUUUAAUGAAGCUGCCAGUUGAGGACUUGUGAGGCGUCUCUUUCUCAAGCUAGACACUCUAAUGUACUUGUCCUCUUGCUCAGUUGUGCACCGGGGCCUCCCUCUCUUCUUUCUAUUCUGGUUAGAGCCAGUUUGCACUGUUCUGUGAAGGGAGAAGUACACGCCGUUGUACGAGAUCUUAGGUUUCUUGGCAAUUUCUCACAUAGAAUAGCCUUAAUUUCUCAGAACAAGAAUAGACCGCCAAGUUUCAGAAGAAACUUUGUUUCUGGCCAUUUUGAGCCUGUAUAUAAAGGCAUAUAUAAGCCUGAAAAGUCUGUUAUAUAUUGUUUGUACUGUGUAGGAUAUAUGAUCUUCACACAAUUUCCCAAGACACCUUUUAUGAGAAAAUGAAUGCAGUUUAUCAAGUUCAUGCUGACUUUUUGUUGUUGUUGAGAUGUGUAUGUGUGGUUUUCAUAUGGUGUAUUUUACUCUUGCUUAAUAAACACAAAAUGGGACUUUUCAUUCUGAAGACUCUAUAAUAACAAACCUAAUUCAAUGGUAAGUCUUAGCACUGGCAGUAAUGCAAUAGGUCCAAGGUUGUGUCUGAAAUAUGUUUGCUAUUUUCACAGCGAUAAUUGUGGGUGCAGUAGCUAGUGGUGGCGAGCAAGGGCUGGAGUUGAUGACCAUGAGACAUCCCGAAAAUCGGUUUUCUCACGAGAACAACUGUAGUGUCCAAAUCUUACCAUAACCAAACACUCCAGUACAAUAAGGUUGCUUCUCAACCAAAUUUGUGGCAACUUUUGUGAAAAAGGUAUUGCAUUUAUUAGUUACCGCUUCCUUGUCAAAUGUUAUUCCCCCAAUGAUCUCCAGACCAACUAUUUUACAAUUUGCCUUCUGUCCAUCACUGUUUAGUGAGUGCCACAACUUCUUAGGAUUAUUCUUAUUUUCAUUAUUUUUGUUAUUUAAAUGUUUUGUUGACUUCUUCAAUCAUCUGACUAGAUUUCUUCCUUAGGAUUAUGUGUCUAUUGAGAGGCUCUUCAUCUUUGGGACUGUUAUAUUCUUGAAAAGUUGUGUUCCUUGAUUUAAUGGCCUCAAGGAUUUCCUGAUUCAUCCAAGGUUCAGUUAUUUGUUUAAUUCUUAACAGUUUUCCAUGGAGCCAUAGUAUCCACAAUGCUUAAGAAACAUUUGGUGAAAUAGUUACAACCUGUUUCUUUUUUUGUGUUUUUGUUAAAAAAAUAAUAUUUUAUUUAAGUGUUUCAAGGUUAUUAUCCAUAUCUAGACAAUGAAGUUACGGGUCCCAGUUAACUUUGAUCAAUAAAUGCAUCUUUGUUAUCAUGGUU